AUGUUUUUCGCGUCCGUGGCGAAGAAAAUUAAAUCAUAUUUACGACCAGUCUCCAGUUAUGAUCCCGCUUUAGUCUCCAUGAAAACUCAAGUCCCGCCCUCUUACAGCCAUCUGGAACACUCCGAAUACUCGGAGUACCAGAUUCUUUACACUAAUGAAACAACAAAGAAACACAAAGUCUGGCACGACGGUACUAUGCGACUGUUCAAGCUUAACAAGAAACUCAUAGUUUACGACGAAGACCGCAUCGAGGUUUACUCAGACUUCCUCAACUCGUAUCCGCGUUAUAGUGUUGAUGAUCUGGUCAAGUUUGAGUCCAUCUGGGUCAUGAUCGACGGCGUUUUGAAGGUGUACGAAAGAGACGUUUCCAAACAGAUGCAGAACCUCAACGCCAACGACCUGAACAUCCGUGCGCACGAAAAACGGCCCCACAAGGCCCAGACGCAGCCUAUGCCCGAGCCCCCGCGCAAAAACAAACGGGUUUUAGGUCUCAUGCGUACCAAACCCUGCUCUUUACCGACGCAGCCUCUCGGUCGUAAACGACGCUUCCACGACUAUGGAAUCCAAAAGAGAUCCAAACCAGACAAUUAUAUCCAACGUGCGAUCGAAAAAUUCACACAAACAGACACUUCUUUCGGGAUCCCCGAGUCCCAGCGCUCAGACACCCUGUCGCUGGCCAGCGACGCUACUUUGGCGCUGGUUUCGCCAUUAACCUCGCACAAAUUACAAUCCGCCAUCUCUGUGAGCUCGUCAUCGAUGUCGACGCACCCGAUCCGCUCUUCCAACACCUCGCUCUCGUCUCAUUCCGGGUAUACGCCGGCCACGCGGCAACGGUCGCUGCGAAUCAACCGCAACUCGCAGGAGUCCGUGGUGGUGGAAAAACCAAUGGUGUUUUCGAGAUUCAACUUCACUGGUAGCAGCGCGCUUUCCAGCGGGUCAAUAAGAGACGCAAGCCCGCUUUUUGAGUACGAACAAAGCACCAAAGAGCCGCUGCGAAACUACAGAACACCCACGCCAUGCGAUAUCCCAUUCUCGAUAUUCGACACGAUGGGCGGUAACCAUUAG